AUGGCGAAAGAGGAUUUGAAGAACCAAGAUGCCCAAAUGUGCAACAGGGUUUGUCUCAAAGGACCCAGAAAAGUUUCCUAUGAUUUCAGAGACAUUGCUUUCACUCCCUACGGUGAAUGUGGGGCGGAUGAUUCCUUGAAACUCCAUUCUUAUGUGAAGAGUGUUCACAUAGAGCUUUCCAUUGCUGAUUUUGCUCGCCAUCUUGGACUCUCUUGCGAUGGACCAUGUAUCUUUUGGACUCCAAAAAGCACUAUCUUUAGAGACUUCAUAAAUCAUGAAGAAGCUUACUCCUCCAUCUUGAAGCAAUAUGAUCCUCAGGCGGCAACCGUGGAAGAAGAGAUUGCCAAUCUCAUGAAUUCGCUUGCUGAAGCUGCUUCAACUCCAGUUGUUCUCUCUGAAAAGGUUUUUAAAUCCAGACUCCAUGAUUUGCAAGAUUGCUUUUGGGUUUUCAGCAAUUUGGAUUCUUUCUUUGAUAUUGCAAUUGAAGAUCAUCUCGACCCCAAUAGACCCAAACCAGAACGUAAAGACCUCAUCGAUGUCGUGCUUCAAUUGGAGAGAAAGAGAUUCAUUCGCAUUUGCAUCACCAAAGAACAUAUUAAGGGAGUUCUCAAGGAUGUAUUCUUGGGAGCAUUAGAUACAAGUGCUAUCACCAUGACAUGGACCAUGACAGAGCAUGCUAGGCAUCUUAAAGUGUUGAACAAGGUUGAAGAUGAGAUCAGGUGUUGCAUGGGAAAUAAAGGGAAAGUGGAAGAGAGUGACAUAGAAAAUCUUCCUUACUUCAGGGCAGCAGUGAAGGAGUCAUGGAGAUUGCAUCCACCAGUCCCAAUUUUAAUUGAUAGAGAAACAAUGGUUGAAUGCAAGCUAGAAGGGUAUCACAUUCCCAACAAGAUGAGGCUUCUUGUUAACAUUUUUGCAGUGAAUAGGGAUCCAAGGUACUGGAAGAAACCAGAGGAGUUUGAUCCAGAGACGUUCAUGGAGAACCCACUUGAUGUGAAAGGGCAUAGCUUUAAGUUCUUGCCAUUCGGGUCAGGUAGGAGGAUUUGCCCAGGGAUGAAUAUGGGAAUUGCAAAUGUGGAGCUUAGUCUUGCAAAUCUUCUUUAUAGCUUUGAUUGGAAACUGCCUAAGGGAACAACAAUUGCAGACAUCAACAUUGAUGAGUUGUUCCAUUUUACUCUCAACAAGAAGAUACCUCUUAUGUUAGUGCCUAUACCCUAUUACUGGCAGAAGGCCUGA